UCGGAGCAUUGUCGGGCACUCUCUGUCCUGCUGUCCCAGAGACGACCAUGCUGAUUCCAGAGGUUACAGGAUCCCUUCUUGAGGAAACGACUCGCAAGUGGGCUCAAUACAAAGAGAAGUGUCUGAGAGACUUGCUCAAGGAACCUUCUGGAACCUUUUGUAAUGGGACCUUUGAUCGAUACGUGUGCUGGCCUCAUUCUUCUCCAGGAAAUGUCUCCGUUCCCUGCCCUUCAUACUUACCUUGGUGGCGUGAAGAAAACUCAGGAAGGGCCUACAGAUACUGCUUGGCUCCGGGCACUUGGCAGACGCUGGAAAACUCCACAGAUAUUUGGCAGGAUGACUCUGAAUGCUCCAAGAACCACAGCUCCGACAGCAACGCGGAACACCAUGCCUUGCUGUCAACCUUGCAGCUGUUGUACACCGUGGGGUACUCUCUGUCCAUCGUCUCCCUCCUCCUGGCACUCACCCUCCUCUUGUUUCUCCGAAAACUCCACUGCACACGCAACUACAUCCACAUGAACUUGUUUGCUUCUUUCAUCCUGAGAGCCCUAGCUGUGCUGGUGAAGGAUGCCAUCGUCUACAACUCUUACUCCAGGAGGCCCAACAGUGACAAAGAGUGGAUGUCCUAUGUGUCGGAGAUCUCUGCCUCCUGCCGCUCAGCCCAGGUCCUGCUGCAUUACUUCGUGGGCGCCAAUUACUCAUGGUUGCUGGUCGAAGGCCUUUACCUCCACACACUGCUGGAGCCCACAGUGCUCUCAGAGAGGCGGCUGUGGCCCAGAUACAUGCUGGUGGGUUGGGCCUUCCCAGUGCUGUUUGUGGUACCCUGGAGUAUGGCCCGUGCACAGCUGGAGAACACAGGGUGCUGGGGAACCAACAAGAGUAAGAAAAUCUGGUGGAUCAUCAGAGGACCCAUGCUGCUUUGUGUAAUGGUCAAUUUCUUCAUCUUCCUGAAAAUCGUCAAGCUUCUCAUUUCUAAGCUCAAAGCCCAUCAAAUGUGCUUCAGAGAUUAUAAGUACAGAUUGGCAAAGUCAACACUGGUCCUCAUUCCUCUGCUGGGUGUUCAUGAGAUUCUCUUCUCUUUCGUCACUGAUGACCAAGUGGAAGGAUUUUCAAAACUUAUACGACUCUUCAUUCAGCUGACUCUGAGCUCCUUCCAUGGAUUACUCGUGGCCUUGCAGUAUUGCUUUGCCAAUGGAGAGGUGAAGGCAGAGCUGCGGAAGCACUGGGUCCGCUUCCUGCUCGCCCGCCACUCAGGCUGCAGGGCCUGGGUCCUGGAGAAGAACUUCCGAUUCCUGGGGAAAUGUCCCAAGAAGCUGUCCCAGGCGGACGGCACAGGGACGCUCCAGAAGCUGCAGACCUCAUCGGGCGGUGAUGGGCAGCUCCUGCACCUGUCCGUGCAUGGCCUCGGAGGGCGGGGCGCCCGGGCCCCGAGGGGACACCCAGCCUGGCCAAGGGGCAGCAGCGUAUCCGAGAGCAGCGAGGGGGACUUCACCCUGACCCACACCAUGGAGGAGAUUCUCGAAGAGAGUGAGAUCUAGGCUGGAGGCCCACCGCCCUGGCUCUGCUCCCUGGUGAUAGGGGACAGUGCACAGUCAUCAGUCUCCCCCACGCACCAUGCCCAUUUUGUCAGGAAGGUCAUGCCCAGGUGUCUCAUGCUUCAGACCCAGCGUGGACGGUGCUAUGGAGGCUGAG